GCCAAAAAAUGCUCAUGCUCGUUGCCAGUUGCUACAAUUUCAACCAACCAGAGCUCAGAACAAGGAUUCGGAAUCCAGCGAUGUGUGAUUCAGCCAAUCAGAAGCGGCCUCUUAAGAUCUUCAAGUCAAAACCAAAAAUCAAUUCCACUAAAACCCGGAACCCAAUUGUAUGCCAUUCCCAAUGGGUCCUUCAGGGUGCCAGGUAAUCAGAAGUUUGGUACCGGUGACCAGACGACCUCGCGGAACCACGCGGCGACACUCCAUCAGAAGACAGCAUUAAGUGAGAUGUACAGAGUGUCUCUGAUUUUGAUCCAGAAAGAAAUAAUGCAGACCAGAGUUUUGUCGCCAGUGGGAAAACAUAAAUCUACAGACAUGCUGAAAACAUACUUGCCAGAGAUCAGCGACUUGGCCGCAGACACCGCUACCAUACCCUCAAAUAACGUGAACAACCUGAACAUCACAGUUCCUUUUAACGAGUUCAACCAGCGCUUCAGACACGGACGCUAUUCGUACUCCAAGUUCUUAGAAGCGGUCGGAGCUUUCAGAAACAUGUACAGUGACAUGAGACCUAGACUGAACUUAAACGAUGCACCCAUGUUUGAUAGCAGUGCGAACAGCUCUUUUGAAAGCACUUCUGGAAGUGCAAUGAUUCGCACGAAACCGCACGCUAUUUUCUGCUCCGCGCACUGUGAAGUUUCGGGUGCAUUGUCGUGCAAUAAAUGCAUCGUGAAAUUGCACCAGUUUAUGAGCGAGAGAAAUAUAGAUCAUCUGUUUGCCAAUCCGAGAUUCAAGUUCAACUCAGUGGCUGUUAAUAAAGAGAAGGAAGUCAGAAACGCGACAGAGAACAGCGACGACACUCGCAAACAGCGGCUGAACAUCAGCAUUCCGUCGGCAUCCAAUGCUACCGAUUCAGACAACGAAGCGGAGGACUAAUGAAACUUAUAAAUGAAUUUGAUUAAGCUAACAAAUUGUCAAGUUUUAUCUCUUGCAUUUUCAUUAACUUAUAAGGU